AUGCUGCGCUCACGACUCAGCCUUGAUGACAGGUACGCGCUCUACCAGAUGUGUGUGUCGGGCUGCCUGCGCUGUGUCGGCCUCAUGCUCGUUCCUCUGGCCGUCGUCUGCAUGCUUGCCAAUGUCCUGCUGCUACUUCCUGGUCUGCAGGUCCACUUCCUGUUGGAAGGUCACGUGACCCGCGAGGCCACCUGGGCCACGGGGCUGUGGGGCUCUGGCUUACUGGUCCUGCUGGGAGCCAGAGCGUUUGUGGGCAGCAGCAAAACAAGAGGCUGCUGGACUUUCAGGACUAAGAUGCUGAGUCAGCUGGUGUAUUCCUGUGUGUGUGUGCUGGCUGCUGGCUUCUGCAGUCUGGUCAGCGGCACCGGCCUGGUGAACGGCCCACUCUGCCUGCACAACACCAGCUCCGGCCCAGCCUGGGGCGUCCCGUUCAAAACCACCGGGGACGGGGGCCAGGUGUACCUGUUCGAGCGCUCGCUGUGGUCGUCCGUGUGCCUGCAGCCGGCAGGUGUGGUCCAGUGGAACGUGACUCUGUUCAGCGUCCUGGGAGGUGCCAGCGCCCUGCAGACGCUGCUCUGCACCGCCAACAUCCUCAACACACUGCUGGGCCUCGUCCUGGGACCGGGCCUCCGCAGCAACAAGGUCAGUCCUGUUUCCGUCUGAGACGAGCAGCAGUGGAUCCUGAUGACAAAAAACAUC